GUGAUAGAGUAAAAAUAGAAUAAAAGUAAUGCAUCUACAUAUAUUUUUUGGGUAAAAUGUUGUAUAAUUAAAAACAAAUAUCACGUAAUAGUGGAAACUUUAUGUAAAAUUCUAUUAAAAUUAAAAAAAAUAAAAUUUUACGCUAGCAUAUUGUCAAUUUAAUUCUGCCUGUGGUAAAUUUGGGUAAAGUAGUACACAGUCACGUGAUGCAUCAUGGCGGGCUACCAGAGAACUCAUAGAUAAUGCUCUCGUAUUUGACGUUUAUGUCAUUUUUUCCGUUAAUCUUGGAUAUUAUUUAUAUUGAACUUUAUUUUCGCCAAAAUGAAGUUACACCUUUAAAUAUUGAAUUUAUAUCUUCAUUAUGAAUAAAAAUAUGAAUGCUGAAAACUUAUCAUAUUUAAGCUAUGAGAUAAAUGGUACUCGAUUUAUUGUACAAACUCUAUCUAAUUCAAUGGAUAUAACAAAGGUUGAAGGUACUAACGAUGAACAAGGUACAGCGAAUAUAAAUGAUGAAAUGUCAUUUGGCAAAGAGGAAGAACCAAUUUCUUUGAUUUCUGUAGAUGGCCAAAUUUAUGCAUUUCAAAAUGGAGACUUUCAAGAGCUUAAUCUCAGUCAUGUUGAUGGUCAGAUUGAAUUAUCAGAUAAAGCAGUCUUGUUAUCAAGAGAUAUAGAAAAUGAAGAAACACAGUUCAUUACCAAUGGAGCUAUAAUAAUAGAGAAUAUCGAUGAUGACAAUCAGGAACGUUAUGAAAUAGUUACCGAACAAAAUGAUAACAAUUUUGUUAUGCAGAAGAAUGAUGUAAAUGCAAAUGAUUUUGUAGAAGUAGUAACAGCAUUUAAGUGUAAGAUAUGUACUUACACAACACAAGAUAGAGGAGAAUUGAUAGAACAUUUUCAAAAAACGCACAUUAAUCCAACAAUAGAUAUAAAGGAAAAAGAAGAGUCUGUAAAUGUUGAUGAAGUAAAACUAGUUUACAUGUGUGGAGAGUGCUCUAAUUGUUUUCCUUCUUUAGAAGAUUGCAAAGAACACAUGAUAAAUGAUCAUCAACUAACUAAUACAGCUCCUGAAAAAGCAGUUAGGGAAUACAUGACGAAUGAACUGAGAGAUCCUAAACUACAUAUGGAGCAGAUAAAAAAUAAUUGUAAAAAUAAUCAAUUAAAACAAGAAGUAAAAGAUACUAAAUCUUUGAAUUCCGAGUGCAUACUUAACAAAAAAGCAAUUGAAUUGGCUGAAACAAAUGUAAGAUGUACAUAUCGUGGAUGUCCUUAUAAGUUUGCUACAGAGGAGAUAAUGCAACAACAUGUUGCUUUUCAUACGGAAUCUCAAAGUGUGUCAGCAUUUAAAUGUAGUAUUUGUAGAGAUUUAAAAUUUACAAAAUGGAGACAGUGUAGUUUGCAUCUCUGGAAGAAACAUGAAAUUGACGUAGGUCUUUUUACAUGUAAAAUAUGUAAAGCAUACAAAAGUGCUACAAUGGUGAAAUUGUUAACUCAUAUGAAGGUUCAUAGUGAAACGCGAGAUUAUGAAUGUUCAGAGUGUGGUAAAUGCUUUAAACAAGCAAGUCAACUACGUAAUCACCGAGUAAUGCAUUUAGAUCGAAAGACUUUAGAAGUAAAACGUUGGUAUACAUCAAAAAAAUGUGAUAUGUGUGGAAAAACUUAUGCAAAUUCCAAAUGCCUCAAAAGUCAUAUACAAGCAGUUCAUUCAAAGCUGCGUCCUUAUGUGUGCAAUGUUUGUGGUCAUUCUAGUGCUAGAAAAGCUAUGCUGCAGAUGCAUUUGCGACAGCACACAGGUGAUAAACCUUUUAGUUGUGAACUCUGUGAAUAUAGAACUGGUGAUCACAAUACAUUAAGACGUCACAUUAUGCAACACACAGGCUUUAGACCAUACAAGUGUCCUCACUGUUCAUAUACAGCGAUUCAAAGUAGCAGUUAUAAAAAUCACUUGAAAUCAAGACAUCCUCUAUUAUCCGGUUUAUUCACAUGUGAUUCUUGUUCUUUUAAAACAGUUAAAAAAGAAAGUUAUAUACAACACGUUCAUGAUCAUGAAAAGGGUUUGAUUAAAGCGAAUAUUCAAAAGAAAGACGAUGAAAAUGUCGAAGUAUUUCCUGGUAAUAUUGCAGCAGCCCAACUGAUUUACAGUUGUUUAGGUGCCUUUUCGAAAGUUGGAGAUACAUUAGAAGCUAAUUUAAUGUCUUCUUCGACAUCUGCUGAUGGUACAUCACAAACGAUCACAAUUCAGAUACCAUCGAAACAUCUUGAAAAUUCAUUGUCAUCAAGAGAAAAUAUUAAAAGUAGCUCUGCGAUAGAGCAAGAAGAUGAAGAAACGAUGCACUGUUUUCUAAAACUACCAAGAGAAGAAGAGGAAAAUAUUGAUACUGGUGGUAUAACGAUACCAGCAGAGCCUGAAAUCUCUACUUCUGCAACAAUUGAUAUCGAUUAAUAAAAGAAUUCAGAAGAAAGUCUCCGUACGCAGCAACCUUUCCUCGUGAUGAGACCCGGACAAUCGAUAUUAUUUGCGUUAUAAUAAAAUCUCAUAUAUAAUUGUAAACAACAGAAUCAUUUGUUUUAAAUCGUUAAUCGAUAAGGCAGAGCACGAUACGAAGAAGGUAUAUAAAUGUUAAGGUUAAUUUGACAAAGAACGGUUUAUAUAUAUAUAUAUAUAUAUAUACACCUUGAAAGUAUAAGGUUUAAUGGCGCGAGAUAUCCAACAUUUCUCCCACACAAUCUCUUUCAACAUCCUCAUUUUCGCUUGCAUCUUCGGCAGUUUGGAUGGUAUAAACAUCUGGAUUUCUGCAAAUGACGCCAUCUCGAGGAAUUCUAGGGAUUCUGCGAAAGACGAAAGGAGCAAUGGCGUAGGCGGCGAUUCACGUGAUAAAUUAAUUUUUAUUGCUUCGUGGGUGGCGGCUCUUUCUAUUGGUCGAUGAUCGGGCACCUCCUACUCCAUACGACGAAGUCUUCUUUGCUUUUAUUCUCCUCCGUUAUGAUAGUGACGCAUGCAAGUUGGUGUCUCUUCUAAAGAAACGAGUAAGGAUAUAAAAGGAACGCGUACCUAUGGAUUCUCAAAGUCAAAGAAGAAAUUUGUCCUAUCCUUUUCAAGUUUUCAUCAUCGUUAUAUUUUUUCAUUAUAGAUUUUAAUACACAAGCACCUUUGUAUUAUUUCCUGUACGUCAAGUUUUUUUUUUAAUAUUGUUCAGCAUUCAGAAAUUUCCCUGCCUAAAAUAUAGUUUGAACAUUUGGAAACUUGUAAAAACAUCCUAUCACUAUUAUUAAUAUUAUUUACGACAUAUACUUUUCAGAGUUUAGAGGAAGUAUGAUUAUUCUCGUUCUUUGGCGAAUCAACAUUUAUUUCUCUUUACAUAAUCGAAAUAGAAACGAACGAUCAAAGUCUUAAGUAGUAGUCGACGUCAAUUCUUUCAUGUGAAAUCAAAUCGUAGUAUUGUGAUUCCGCGUGGGAAAUGCCGAGCGCGUAAAUUCACGUGGAAGGAUUAUCGGUAAAAGGAAAGAAUAAUGAUAAAAAAAAAAAGAAAUAAAAGAAAAGGAAAGAU